AUGGCCACAAAUUUAGAUUUUAAUAAAAUUUGUCGUGCAUGUUUAUCUGAUGCUGGACCACUUAAAGAAAUAUUUACUGUAUGUUCAGUUGAAGUAUUCAAGUAUUGCACUUCCGUAGAGAUUUCAGAAAGUGAUGCACUUCCCAAGUUAAUCUGCCAAACAUGCCUUGACUUGCUGAAUAAAUUGUACUACUUCAAGCAAGUAGUUGUGCGCUCUAAUAUUAUAUUGAAGCAGCAAUGCUCCAUGCAUAUUGAUAAGGAGCUGAAACUGGAACAGCAUAAUGCCGAAAACAAUAUUGUACAAGUUAACCUGAACAACCUCACUGAUGCUCAAAUACAUGGCAACAGUAAUAUCAGACGAGAAGAGCAGCCAAAAGUUAGGAGAAGAAGAAGAGCACAAGCACAAUGUACAGAACAGCCUAUAAAAAAGAGAGAACGAAUGAAAUGCAUGAAAUGUGGGAAAAAUUUUCAGAAGUAUGAGAAUUUUGAAGCUCAUAUGCGUAGUCAUUUUGGCAAGAAGCCCGACAUAAAGUGCAAGUACUGCGACAAGACAUUCCUGACGCUCCGCAACCUGAACAGCCACGUGCGCGUGCACACGGCCGUGCGCAAGUACCAGUGCCGCACCUGCAGCAAGAGCUUCGCCUACCUCAACGUGCUCAAGAACCACGAGAUGAUACACGCCGGCCUCAAGAGGCACAUGUGCCACCUCUGCGAUGCAAAGUUUGUGCAGGCCUACAAUCUCAAGAUGCAUAUAGAGACUCACAACAAUGAGAAAAACUAUGGGUGCUCUCAAUGUGGCAAGAAGUUUGCGCAGCCUGGCAACCUUAAAAUCCAUCUCAUUCGACAUACUGGAAUCAAGAACUUCGCCUGCACAAUGUGUGAUAUGCGGUUUUAUAUUAAGGCAGAUCUCGUGAAGCACAUGAGAUCGCACUCAUCAGACAAACCAUUCUCGUGUCAAGUGUGUGAUAAAACAUUCAAGAGCAGGAGUUUCCAAGCUAUACACAUGCGCACCCAUACUGGUGAACGUCCUUAUGCCUGUGAUCUUUGCCCAAAGAAAUUUAUGGCGCGAAAAGACCUUAGAAACCAUAGAAUGAUACACACUGGGGAGAAACCUCAUAAAUGUCAACUGUGCAACCAAGCGUUUAUACAGAAAUGUGCUUUGAACAGACAUAUGAAGGGACAUGGAAAAACUGCGGAGGACACGCAGAAUAUAAUGGUCAGGCCGCAAAUGCAACCGAUGGAGAACACCACGCCUUUAGGACUGUCUUACACACAUUGGCAUGGGGAAGCUUGA